CAAAAACAAUCCUACUGGCUAGCCUUCUUGGGUAGAAGACUUUGACGUUCGCGGACCUUUUGUUUCCGCGCCUGUACUACACGAGCCGCACCUAUUAAUUGUAGACAUCCAAAAUCUUACCUCCCUGUUGAACAAAAAUCGCUUGUUCCAACAUCAUCAAAAUGACGGCGCUCUCGCCUGGGCUUGGCGUUGGCCCCACGACGCAACAAGAAUCAAACACAUCAAGUUCCUCGUUCUCCGCGACUACCAAAAACGCUUCGCCCGCCAUGUCUUCCCCCGGGGCGAAGUCCAACGCCUCCAGCAACAGCCGAAAACCGAAAACGCAAUUGAAGAAGGACAUGCGACAGAUUUGGGGAGUGCCGGAUACGCCCGAGUUGGAGGAGGAAACUGAGGGUGCUGGAAAAGAACAUCUUCAAGACAAUCUGCUCAAUUAUCCACCUCGUCCAGAAGUUUCGCCAACGCUGAGGGACAAAAUAAAUACCAGUGCAAAGAUGAGUCUCGGGUCCUCAGGUGGGUCGGGCUAUCAACUGUAAAAAUGUCUGGGUCUGGAAGAAUUCAUGUUUGUCAUGCUUGUCUGGCAUGACUCUUAAAUCUGUCAUGCACGUUACCCAAGAGGUCCGUUUUUCUGUGAUGCAGAAGCGCAGUUUGUCAUGCAGAAUAGGCAACACAUAGGAGCUCAGAAAGUUGUCAUGCUGAGCCAGCAUUUGUAGCCUCAUCAUGAGACGCCACCCAGCAUCACAAGUUUCCAGACCCAGACAUUUUUACUUUUGAUAUGGGCGGGAAUAAAGCGAAAACCUCUACACCAAACGUCGGCCACGACUGCUCGCCUCCCCCGGUUCCUUUGCUCUCUAACUCGACGAUAUGAAAUGCAAAAGCAUCGUACUAGUAGUACAAAUUUUCUCAGCAUGAGAAAUAAAAUUUGUAAUGCUGAUUUCACUUAAGCAAGAAAUUUGUAAUGCAUGUUUGCGAUUCCUACGAGUACGUCGAUACUUUUGCACAGGAUAGACGAAUUCAUCGAACAAAAGCAACAACCCGUUUGCUUUGGACGGAGAGGAGGAUGGCGGUGAUCGGGCUGUGCAGCAUGACAAAGACAAGUCAAAAGCGUAUAAUAACAAUUCUGCUGAACAGCAUGACAAAUCGUCCGAGCACCAGCAGCCGGUUAAGACGAGAGCCAAAUCCUCAUCGCCGGUUGUGAUCCCGCCGCUGAGAAUUGGGUCCAUGACAAGGAGCAGCUCGAGCAACAAAUCUGGAUCGCCACAGGAACAGCAGAAUCAUGCUAACAUAAGCAACAUUGGAGGUACUACUACAAGUGUACAAGCCUCCCCAACGCUCCCGGCACCAGGUGGUCAAAUAAAUCUAAUGCGGCGCCACCCGUCGAACGAAACUCCGAUUUACAACGGAGCGGACCACGAGGGAAUUCCAGCGCCCCCACCAAUCACAAUCACCAUUCCGCCGGGAACGAAUUCUAACUACUCCCGCAGUCCGUCUGUGGUUUCUAGUCCGUUUUUGCAGGCGUCGCAGAAGGGGGGCAGUUUGAUGAACUCGGGCGAGACGCACAGCUACAUGAUCACGGGAGGGACAAGUUCAGGAGAUAUCGGUACAAACCGCGAAGCGCCAGCAACUUCUUCGGUUGGUGUGUCACUAUCAAAUCACGAAAAUCCGACGUUUCAGCAUCCAGAUCUGGAUUCUACCAGAACUAGGAUAAACACGUACAAUAACACCUCUUCGAGCAGCAGCAGCUCUUCCAGCUCCGCGUCAAAUUCAAAUCUCGCUGGUGUAACAGUUCCGCUGACGCCAUCGCAGCUUACUUCCCACCAACCGGGCCCGGGCGUUGGUGACGGAAGAAGUUCUUGUCGGGGGCCUUCUCCGCCGCCGUCUUCAAGAAACUACCAUCGUCCAGAAGGACCACAACAACUACAGCAGCAGGCGGGUGGCAGUAGCAGCUCUUCUUCCACCAGAGCGUCCGAAGCGGCCAUCGUUGCACCUCCGUCAGCGAUAUCCUGUGCAAAGUAUCGUACUCGUAGUAAUCGCAGUCAUGCAAUGCAAAUUUUCAUCUCAAGGUAACUCAGCAUUACAAACUCCAUUUGCCAUGCGGAGCUAAUUUGUAAUGCGAUUACUACUAGUACGAUACUUUUGCACAGCAUAAGCGAUCUACACCAACCGCUCCGCGCUGACGACUCCGAAAAUCAGCCCGCCGUUGCUGAACACAAUGGUUGACGAUGGCGCUCCUGGCGGUGGGACUAGUGUGAUGAAUUCCACGCAGCUACGACACGACGAUGACAUGGACAAUUACUACGGUAGUAGAACUGGCGGAGCUGCAACCACUACAACAACCAACCUACACGAAGAUGAUCGAGAUCGAAAUCUGAUCGUCUUACCACAGCCGGAUCAUUUCGUUGAGCAGUCCUCUCGGCGGGCCGGAAUACAUGACCAAACUUCCAACUCCACGAGGAAAGCGAAACGGUCGGAAUCGAACGUCAGCCAUUUUUUCCUCGGUACCCCGGAACUGAAUAAUCCCAAUCGCGCGGAAAUUACGCAAAUGCGGUCUCAAUUACGCCAGGAGAUGGAGAAAUUGCGGAACGAGUGCAGAGAACAGAACCCAGAGGUGAAUAUUGUCAGCAGCGGUGGAGCUGUGCAUUCUUCUUCUUCUUCUUCUUCUUGUUCGUCCGCGCCCCAAGGAACGGGAACCAGAAAUAGUUUUAACCCCAGCACGACGACAAUCAUUGUGCCAGCGCAAGUGGAUCGUCACAAUCAAGUGGUUCAUCUGGACCAGGUGUCGACAACAGCGGUGCCGGGGACAACUUUCCUUGUGAACGGCGUGCCGUCUUCUAGGAGCGCUAGUUCCACCGCCUUGAUCACAACGAAGGUCACAACCUCGAAACUAGAUGACCAAGCACCGGAAUUGAUGGCCAGUGUGCCCGGAAUGGUGAUCGGCGGGGGGGCCAGUAGUACCACGAUGAGCAGAACGCUGUCAGGAAGUGGUGGUGGUGGUGCAGGAUCAUCCUUUUCCCAGCCAGGACAUCCUCGCGGAUCACCACUAGAGCGGGAACAGUACUCCAACCGGUACUGCAUGAACAACACGUAUGAGAACAAUUAUUCGACGCAGCAUUUGGCUUUGGACAGCAGCAUGACGCCUGUAGGAGCUGCAGUACCUCCGCAUCACAGCUCCGCAUCCGUAUCCGACCAAGAGCUGCUGGAUGGUAGAAAUUAUCCUGUGCAAAAGUAUCGUACUCGUAUUAAUUGCAUCUAUCUAUGCAUUACAAAUCUCUUUCUAAAGGCAGAUCAGCAUUACAAAUUCAAUUUGUAGUGCUGGGCUAAUUUGUAAUGCAAUUUAUACUACUUAGUUCUAGUACGAUGCUUUUGCAUUGCAUAGAAAUAACAAGAAAAUCCUAGAGCUCCAAUCCCUCCUUCAACAGGAACGCAAGGCCUAUGCAUUGCAAAAAUGUCUGGGUCUGGAAACUUGUGAUGCUAAAAGUGAAUGGAAUACGCACUGCAAUGCGCAGCUAUGCAUGACAAAUUUUUUGACUGGCAAGAGGGCCUUUUCGCGCAUAUGCAACACAGAUUCUCGAGUCAUGCCAGACAAGCAUGACAAACUUGCAUUCUUCCAGACCCAGACAUUUUUGCAGUUGAUAACGCCCACGAAAGGACAAAAUCGCAGUGGAAAGACUCCGUCGAAAGCAUUCGCCCCGUGCUGGAGAAGCUCUGUAAACUGGCCACGGCUCAGCCUGCAAGCUCGUUUGAAAAUAACCAGAACUACACCGCCAGGAGCUCAUCCAACUACGGAAAUAAUGCUGUUGGACAACAUCAGCACCAAAAUGGCGAUGUUUCGAUUUCCAGCACGCCUUCCAUCACGGUAAAUAACCCGUAUGAACACUACCAACUGAACCGCAAAAACCUAUUCGCGGGACAAGCGGCGCUAAAAGCGAUCAAGGAGUCCGACAUUGUGAACCCCAUGCAGCUGGUUUCUACCAUGGAAUCAAUCGCGCAGGCUCUGUGCUUGUGGCAGGAGGAGUAUCCAAGAAAAAAACUGUGUCAAUGCAGCUGUUUUGGGGUGACAGCAUCACAAGUUUGCUCUGCAUGACAGAGAAAUCCUGUCAUGCACAGCUAGCACUUGAAAACAUAAACAUAGACAUACACAUAUGAAGGCAGGAUACUAUGGCUGACCAGCAUGAGGAUCGUAUACUCUGUUGCAAUUUCUGCAUCACAGACUUACACUUACACAGAAGUUUUUUUUUCUUGCAUAAGGAGCAACAGGACGUGGUGCAGAAGAUUUUCGAAGACAUGAAGCAGCUGAAGAUUUCGAAGAAAGAAGUUAUGGUAUAGAAGUAGAAGUCAUUUUUGAUGUGCGACGCGCAUUACAAAUACAAACUAGUGCUGCAGUAGAUUUUUUGCAUGACAAAUAUUUAGUGCAACAUCUUUUUCAUCGGAGAUGAAAUCUGUCAAAUAAACAGAGCAAAGCCGUCCUUUCCAUCGAAAGAAAAACCCGCCGGAUUGAAGAGCUAACCAGCAGCUUGGAGAGGGCAAAAACCGAGCUGGAGAAGGCGAAAAAGUGGAAAGAGGAUUUGGAACAAAACUACGUCUUCCAGCCGAACAGCAGGAGCAACGCUGGACAAAAUCCCGUCCCCGCGGCGGCGGGUGCGAGUGGAGUGCGGAGUGGGGGUGGAGGGGCAGUGGUAAGUAAAAGUAUGCUGUUUUCGUUCGACGAUGGUAUUUUUGAUGUACUACGUGCAAAAGAUGCCGGCUCAGCUAAGCGGCUUCUUCUGUUUGGCAUGUGAAAAGGGCAUAGGCAUACGCAACACCACCCGGCUUUAUCAGGUUCCGAAGCAGUCAGCGGUUAACAACACGGAGACGCACAUCACCGGGACACGGUUAACCGCUCUGCAACGGCAGCUGACAAAUCUGGAAAACCGAGUUCAGUUGCAGAACAUGCAGAUGAGAUCGCGGAGCACGCCGCGAGCAGGUAUAAUGCCGAUUGCUUGUUGAAAACGACUGCAGCGCUUGUUGAUCAAAUACACUAGAAAGGCGGGAAAUCACUAUCUCUAUCAUACCAUCCUGCAUAGCGUUAUUCCGCAUGUCGUGGUGCUGAUGAGUUUUUAAGCCUCAUCAUAGCAUCGUGCAGAAGAUUACGCAGGAUGGUAUGAGAGCAUCGAUUUGUAGGUGGGAUCUUUGGUUGUGAUAUUAGGUGGGAUCUUUGGUUGUGAUAUCGAAACGCCAUACCAGGUGGUCAACAGCGAGUUUCCCGUCCCCCGGACGCCGCGCGCUGUGACGCCCCUUCUGUGCUGCGCCCUCCUCAGCUUGUGCACUGUGACUUCUGUAAUAUUUCCACACGCGAUAUUAAAAGUAGAACUCAUUCUCAUGCUUCGCGAAUUUGUGACUCGAAUAAAAAUAAAAUUUUAAAAGUUCGCGGAUUUGUUUCGCGAAUAAAAUUUGAUUUCGAAGUAUCCUGAAUUCGUAGAAAUGUGAUGAAAACGGAGACGGAAACUAGAAAAGUUGGAAAGUGAUCCAAUCUCGACGCAGAGCCCAAAUAGCUAAACGCUUUGGCUUUGCUCCUCGUCAGUUCGUGUUCUCGCGAUAGCUAGCUCGGUUCCUAUUCGUAGCACGGAAAUGAUAGAUAGUUGGGGCAGUCGCCUCCGGUUUUUUCGGAGGUACGGUGAUCUCUGCGCGGCACCGCCCUUUGGCGAGCGCUCACGACAGAAAGGCCUUUUGUUGCCUCGUUUUGCAUUUCGCCCGUACCUUCUCGAAGGUUGCAAGCCCGUUUGUCGCUGCUAGCUAUCAUUUUUUUGAUCCCACCCUCCGCGCCCUUUAGACGGCACAAAGCGGCACGUUAGUAAACUCGCAUUAGCUAGCUAUGUGUUGUUUUCGUAUCGUGCGGUUCGUUUCGUGGUUGUUUCGUCUUUUAUAUGCAUCGAGAGUCGCACAGGACUGAUCGCCCCUGCGCAAGCAGGUCGGUCUGGCGGUUAGCAGCGACCAGCCGUUUUACACGUUCGAUCGACAGUGCGGCUCGAUUUAUGAAUUUUUGCGCUUCUGUCUUUCUUCCGCUCCCGGCAAAGCAUUAUCGCUUUUCGGAAGCGGGCGUGUUCAGGCGAUUCAGCCUCUGCGAUCUCGAAUUCAUUGGAUCACUUCCGUCAUCGGCUCUGCGGUUCGCACCCGGUGACAACAAGCGAUCCUAUCGAGUCAGAGUUUUCAAUAAAAUUUUAAAAUUUCGCGGAUUUGAAACGCGAAGAAAAAUGAAAUUUUAAAAGUUUACGGAUUUACAACGUGAAUAAAAAUAAAAUUUUAAAAGUUCGCGGUUUUGUGAUGCGAAUAAAAAUAAAACUUUGAACUUUCGGGGAUUUGUGAUCCCAAUAAAGAUAGAACUUUAUUAAAAACAGCAAGGCUCUGUACUGUGACUGCGAGGACUGUGAGUAGCGUCCCAUAGACGAAAACGCAGCAUGAGGCAGCACAGCAUAAAAGCAAAAUUCUGAACUUCGUCGGUGUGUCAUGCGCGCCCUGGGAAAUGGGAGCCAAUUUCGCUUCCAUGCCACUGGGUACUCACACGCCCGGGCAACCAAAUCAUACUGAGUAUCCAUUUCCCACUCUGAGUAUCCACCCCCUCUGAGUAUCCAUUUCCCACUGGGUACCCGUUCCCAAAAUGGGUACCCAAACAAGAGCGGGUGCCCAAUCCAAAGUGGGUACCCAAUCCGUGGGUACCCAAUCCACGCCUUUACCUCAACAUAGCAUCGUGCAGAAGAUUACGCAGGAUGGUAUGAGAACAUGGAUUUGUAGGGAUCUUUGAUUAAUAUGAUAUUGCAAUGCAAAUAUGCUAUACCACCCAGGUGGCCACCAGCGAGUCCCAACGGGCACGCGGGAAGAAAUUACGCGGGGUCUGCGAAACAACAGCUCGGCGAACCACCAGCAGCCGAGAAAACCGCUGUACCAAGUAGAUGUGGAGAAGAAUUUCUCGUCUCAGUCGGAAAGAAGGAUGUCCCGCGUCCACGCCGCCGAGAGCCAACACGCGGAUAGAUUCGACCGCGGAUCGAUUUACAGGUAGGAACUAGUAGCUCUUGUGCAAAGCGUGAUAGUGAAUUACGAGGUGCGUGUUCUUGUAAAAUAAAACGGACCUGUCGCUGUCCAAACUAAACCUGAAACCUAAAGACGAUAUUAAACGUGUUAAUUUAUCUGCUCAAAUGGUAGAUGCUGUUGCUGCAGCGUAGUUGCGCUUUUUUUCGAUAUUACAGAUAGGGCUCUUGAACUUCUUGAUGACUUUGAUCUUGACUUGUUUAGCGACUGUUUGAAUGGAAGCGGUGAAUCUACGAUGCUUUGAAAAAUUUGAUCCUGAAAGGAGAAAUCAAGUUUGCACAUGUAGUUUCUGCGCUGACGAGAACUACGGGGCUUUGAU